AUGCAAAAAUUUAGAGGGCUCAUGUCUGCCAUAAAAAGAAAUCUACAAACUAAUCCAAUUGUAGAGACUAACAGCCAAUUGACAAUCCAAUUGGAGAAGGGCGCCGAAGCCUACGUCGCUUUUGAGAAGGUCGAUGAAAAUACUUACAAUUUAGUUCAUACCGAAAUACCUGAACAGUACCAGGGCCAAGGACUGGGACGGGAACUUGCUAAGAGAAUAUUUGACCAUCUAAUCGUCCAAAGAAGCCUUAAACUACAACUAAGCUGCGAAUUUUUACAACGCUUCUACUUCCAAACACUCCCCACUUACAAAGGACAUGUCAUAGAGGAUUUCACAAUUGACUAA